GUACCUCGUUGAGAUUGACGAUCUGAAGGUGAAGCUGGAACUGAGCCUCCAAGAACUUGCCAAGACCAAACACAGAAAUGAGGUGAACCAACUGCAGUUUCAGCUGAUCGAGAAGACGCUGCUAGCUGACAAGUAUGAUCAGGAGAGGGCAUGCAGGCUAGAUUUGGAGGCUCGUGUGGAAGCUCACAAGUGUCUGGAGGAAACUGUCAAGAGUUUGACCUUAGAAGCAGAGAAGGAGCGAGUCGAGAGACAAGCCAUUCAAAAGUCUAAAGAUGAACUAGAAAGAACUGUUGCUCUACAAGUUAGCAAAGCCGAACUGAUAUCUGCACAAGAGGCUGCAGAUGAGCAGAGACAGCUGUGUCAGGUGUUGGAGGUGAAGAUCCUGCAGCUGGAACAAAGUGUGAAAGAUGUUGAGACCAGCCGUGAUUCAGUGGUGGAGCAGCUGGAGAGUGAGAAGAAGCUCCGACUGAGCACAGAGGGCCGCCUGAUGGAUAUGCAGUUGCAACUUGCUAAUGAAGUGGCAACAGACAAGUACGCAGAACUUAGAGAGGAACUGGACAAGGAAACAGCAGCUCUGGAGGAAUCUCAAGAAACUGUGAGGAUGCUGACAGAGAAACUGGAAAAUGAAAAAAAUCUCAGAAGAGAACUUGCUGAAAAGGUGGCAGCGCUGGAGAAAGGUCAGGGUGAAGACACCACACAGACACUGAAAGCCAAACUUGAGGCCACACUUGAGGAUCUGGAGCAGGAGAGAAGAGCCAAAGCUGAAUGUAACAUGAGGUUACAGGAAAUAGAACAGCUGCUAGAGGACCAGAAAGUUGACAGUGAGAAUCUCCACCACAGUCUCAGUGAGAAG